AGCGGCACGGCCACUGCAGCUCAAGCUUGAUAAGCUUGCCUUGGAGAAAUGGGACGCCGUGUUAGAGGCACCACUGCCUUGGUGCUCGGUGGCGGACUAUGUUUCGUUCCUGGCUUUACACCUCUCUCAUCGUCGAGCUCUUCUAAACUCAGCGGGCGAGCGGCUCGCUUGCAAGAUGGAUUGCGACCUUCUUCAAUGCAAGGUUCAUCCUUGGCUUUUGCGGGUACCGCAGCAAUGAUGGCGGCUGGAGUUGCUCGAGUGGCUCGGUCAGCCGAGCCAUCCGAGGCCAAGCCCAAGCCCGAAGAGAGCACCACGCCCAAGGAGGAUGCAAAGAGCACCGAGGCCGCAAAGCCAAGCGAAGCUGAGGAGGCCGAGGCGACUCCGGCCGGAUUUGAUCUGACAAAGCAGGUUGGAGCAACUGCACCGUUGGGCUUUUGGGAUCCGGCGAAGCUCUGCAAGGGCGACGAAGCCACAUUUCGCAAGUAUCGAAUUGCGGAGUUGAAGCACGGGCGAGUGGCGAUGAUGGCAGCCCUUGGUGGUGUGGUGCAACAUUUCAUUACGUUUCCAGGGUUCAAUGAUGUCCCUCGCGGCAUCGAGGCGCCCACGUCCACUCUGGGAGGUGUUGGCUUCCUGCUCUUGAUAGGCCUGUCAGGAUAUUUGGAGACGGGGGCGUUUGAGCAGGAUCCCAACAAGGAGCCCGGGGACUUCGGAGAUCCUCUCGGCAUUGCGGACAAGUUCGGAAAGUACGAUGAUGAGUGGCGGAAUCGCGAAAUCAACAACGGCCGUUUUGCAAUGUUUGCUGCUCUGGGCAUCAUAGUUGCGGAGAAUGAGACAGGCUAUGAUGCGGUCGAGCAAAUCUUUGGACUGUGAGUGACAAUUUUUCGCCUGGCAUUUAGGGUGUCAAGGAGCACUGGGGCAAGCGUUUGCAAUCGUGGCCGGACGCGCCUUGCAAAGAUAAGUUUUUCCUUGUAGUCUGUGCCGCAUGCGCAAAGCUGCCAAGACAUUAUACUGUUAAUAUCAAAAGAAGUUGCCAACUCCACAGUGGCAGCGGAAGUCAUGACAGAAGCA